CACUAGGGGAGGUGUAAAGUUCUGCUUCUACCACUAGGGUGAACCAGAGUUCAGCUAUUCGUCGAGAGUCUCAGCUCAAAGAUCUACCUAGAAAGAUCCGGCUUGCUUCUUACUAGAGAGACACGGAUUGUAAACAUAAAGGUGGAGAACUUUCAACACACCUGGCACUGAAGCCCUCGGUGAACCCGACUCACGAGCCCUCACAGCCGCACUCUGGAUCUCAUCCCCAAACUUCAACUUCGAACAGGAAACGCUCUGAGAGAUGGCUGAGGUGAUGAGUUCAUUGGAGCCAGGAAACGAGGACUUCAGCACUGGAGGAGGGCAGGAUCAGCUGGGGGCAAGCUCUGUCAAGAUGUUUCCAGGUCCUAAUGAGAGGGUCCCCAAGCUGUCCGAGAGACUUCCCUCCAUCGUGGUGGAGCCCAUGGACUCCUCGGAGGUGGAGAGUGGGGAGCUACGCUGGCCCCCCGUCGAAACACGCUCCGCGGAAACACAAGAGCCCAGACGCACGGCCCCACCCUCCGCCCGGACCCCUCCAGGCCAGACCCCAGGUGAAGCUCUGGUCGAAGGUCCAGAUCCACCCGGGGAAGACCAGCAGGAGACAGACUGAUCUCAUCAGACCGUGGAGCCCACCCGACCAUCAAACACAACGUGCACACACAAAGCUGUGUUGUAAACGGAUCAAAUACAUCCAUAAAACGCACUGUUAGGGCUAGGGGGAAAUGCACGGGCGAAGAACGCUGGUCCUU